AUGUCAGAAGAGGACACAGCGGUCGAUAAGGACAUCCUAGCGGAGCUAGAUAGGGAAGCAUCUGAUUACCUCAAGGAUGCCGAAAUAUCUCGAAUCUUAAAUGCUUUCAAAUUAGAUGCCUACGCAAUCCUAGACCUAAAACCCGGCGUCCCAGAAUCCGACAUCAAGCUCCAAUUCCGCCGCAAAUCCCUCCUUAUCCACCCGGACAAGACUAAGAACCCGCAAGCCCCCGAUGCCUUCGACCGUCUCAAAAAAGCACAGGGCGUGCUCAUGGACGAGAAGGCGCGCACCCGUCUGGAUGAAGCGAUCGCCGACGCGCGCAUGCUACUCAUCCGCGAGAAGAAGUGGACCGUGGAUAAUCCAGAACUCACCGGCGAGGAAUUCGCCGUGGAGUGGCGGGAGAAGACCAAGUUUGUCCUGAUCGAGAGCGAGUUGAGGAGGAGGAAGCAGGUCAAGGCGCAGAUGGCCGAGGAAGGGAGGGAGAAGAGGAAGGCGGAUGAGGAGGUUGAAGCGCGGAAGAGGAAGCGGGAGAAUGAGAUUGCCUGGGAGGAGACUAGGGAUCAAAGAAUUAAUAGCUGGAGGGAUUUUAAGAAGGGAGAAGAGAAGAAGAAGAAGAAGAAGGCCAAGCCCCUGGGAUGAAACUCUUUCCCCUUUUCCUAUUUCUUUUCCUUUUCCUUUUCCUUUUUUUUUUUCUAAAAAAAAAAAAGACUCUUAAUGCCUUUCUUUCAUGUCCUUUUCUUCCGGUGGCCUACAUUCAUGUCUUUGAUGCGUCUGUCGAUUUUCUCCAUUUUUUUUUCUUUUCUCCGAUCAAACGGAAGACCUAAGUUACAUUCCAGCAAUCCAUAGAACACCUCAAAGUCUUCAAAUACCAUAUAAACCCG